GACGUGAAGUUGUGAAGAAUAUAAGUCCGAGCAGGGAAAGUGUGGUGCUUGAUAGCAUUGAAACCGCCGCCGCCAUGUCACGGAGGCUGUCACCGCCGGCGUUACUAGACGAACCCAUCCCCAAUUUGGGAAAGAUCACCUUCACACCUCAAACUCAGAUUGGUAUCCAGAAUGCAUUUGUUGGCUAUGAUAAAGUCAAUGACAAGUACAAGGUGCUAGCAUUUGGGGUUGAAGUUGGUUAUGGUAUUAUUAAAAUGGUGGGUAGGCUUUAUACCUUUGGUGAAAGUAAUUGGAGAACACCGAUUCAGGAUCUCCCGUUUGGUGUCGCUAGUGCCGGUUGGGGUUCUAGUUGGGGUUCGCGCCAGACAUUAGUGAAUGGUAAUCUGCAUUGGCUUACUGCAAAAGGUGAUGGUUCUGGUAAAUGGAUGAUUAGUUCGCUUGACGUGGAAAAUGAGACUCAUGGUAAAUUGUUGCUACCUCCUAUGCUGGAGGAUGAAGUUGGGCGUAUUGACCUGGCUGUCUCCAAUAGCUAUCUUUAUGUGUGGCAAUUUUCUCACAAAACUCUCUUAGUUCUAUGGUUGAUGAAAGACUAUGGAGUUCAGGGGUCUUGGACUAAAGUGAUGACGAUCCCUCGUAAGUUCCAUAUUUCUAGAAUCCCUAUUUGUAGAUCCAAUGCCCCUCAUCAUCUUAAUCCCUUGUGCAUUUUGGGAAAUGGUCUUGUUGUUCUUAGAACUCCAUGUUCUUGUUCUUAUUUAGUUACGUAUGACUCAAAGAAUGGCCAAUUUGGACGUCGUUGUAGGAUUAAGCGAAGUUCACCACGUCAAUGGCAUGGAGGGAUUUAUCAUGAGAGUCUAGUUUCGCCACCAUGAUAUGUUUCAUUUUAUGGAGCCUUCCAAGCUUAGCUUAUAAGACUGACUUCUUGUGCGUCAGAAGCUUGAAACUUGUUUAUCACAGAAUGAAGGGUGUUAGAUGUUUUGGUGAAGCCUCAUCUUUGAAUUUUUUUGCUUAUAUCUCUUUGCUUUGUAUAACUGGUUGUUGGAUUCACCUUAUAUUUGUAGUUUUUUUUUAUAAGCCACCUUAUAUUUGCUGUGAUCUUUGGAUUCUAUUCUAAUUAGAAAGUGUUGUUGAGUA